AAAAUAUAUCGAGGCGGUUUUUUUUUCAUCAUCACCGCAUAUGAGCGAUCACAGCGCGACUUUUUUCUUAUUAUUUCGAAUUACACGCACGCACUAUAAUACGUAUAGCUUUAUUAAAAAGCCGUGUGUACAAAGUAAAAGUAGGUUAAAUCUUCGUGUAUCUCACAGAGGCAUCGGCAUAUACCUCAAUUUCCGCAAAGCUCGCGCCUAUUACCGCGCGGCUACUAACAGGCUCAGUCGAGAGCCUGCUCCGAAUCAAUUUCAUUCGAUUACAACGCGAAAUUCCAUCAAAAGCCUAUGUGCUACAACCGCAAGACAAGCUCUCGAGACAACGGCCGCGCAGCAAAAACAGCUGGAUUUUUUCCCUGCUCCAAUGUCCUCAUCUCGAUUUUUCCGCGCCGCAGCCUUUUCCCCUUUUUCAUGUGUAAAUACAGUACGCGUACUGCAGAGCUGCGUGUAUGUGCAUAGUAUAUAAGCGCGUCCGUCAGCCUCGUUACGCUCUCGCGUUCUCCUCCUUCUCGCUCUUAUUAGCGCGAGCGAGCGAGCGUCGAAGAGAGCAUAAUAUUCUAGAAUGAGGUCGAUUUUAAGCGCGACGUUUGUAUUUGUAAUGAGCGAUUCGAAAUUCGCGCGAGCUAUGUGUGUCUGUGUGCGUGCGCUAUGUAAUGCCUGCCCGGAGAAUCGCUGUACGGCUGUGUUAUUUUAGUUGCGCCUCCCCGUCUAACUGUAUUUUAGAUUUUCGCUGUGCGUUUUGUUACAUGCGCGUAAAUGGAAUUAGCUCCGACAAUGUCGAACGGCAUACCGAUGCGCGAGAUUUAAAUAUCCCCUUCGCCUUUAAUUUUCGCAUGUGGAGAACGUGAAUGCAGUAGAUAAUUUAAGAAGCGAUAAAAGUUAUUACUCUUAUCUCUCCGCCGUGUAUCUUCGGAUAAUAACGAAACUGCAUUAUAACUCGUGCGCGCGCGAGAGAGAGAGAGAUAUGCGCUCUGAAAAUAGCUUUGCGGCGAAAUAACCCCGGAGGAUUUUUUGCGCUCCACUCCGUCAAAACGUCAGCGCAGCGAUCCACGAUCAGCGGGACGACAUCGCGCGCAAAUUCUCACACCCCUACAGUCUCUGGGUAAAGAAAAAAAAAAGAGAAAAACAGUUACACCGCAGCAGGGCAAAACCAGCGUCAGCCGUUGUCUCUCUUCACGCACGUGCAUUAGAUUCGGAGCAGAAAAGAAAAAGCAGCAGCAGCCGCAGUCGAGCGCGAGAAUCCGGGGAAAAACACGUGGCGCAUCUGCUGCGCGAAAAAGCCCGCGCUCUUCUCUCCUCUCUCUCUCUCUCUCACACACACUCAGAGAGGGAGUAAUGGGAGGCAGAGUAGUAUAGAGCGCGAACGACUAGUGCGUGGCUGAAGCCGAGGGCCACUCGAGAGCAGCCUAUGGCGUGGCUGUUGCUGCUGCUGCAGUAGCCGUCGUGCACUUGAGCUGCUACCUACACGUCGAGAGAGUGCGUGCAGCUCUCUGUGUAUAACAUCGCUCUUCUCGUUGUUGCUUGCUUUUAUUGUGCGUCUAUUGAGUUUCGAGUGUGCGGGCCUCGACGAUCAUGCGGGGGAUACCGGCGUGACUCUCGCGAGGGUGUCGUUACUCUCCUGAUGGAUCGUACGGGGGAUCAUAUUCUGUAGGCUUCGAGUGCGCGAGCGGUGUUUGAUUAUUUGUCGAAAAAUUUUAUCGAAAGCUCGAAUUUUUAAUAAACGGAUGAAAGUCGCGAGUUAAAAGUGCGUUCAACGUGGAUUGUUUUCAAGUCUAUUUCUGAUCAAAAGUGCUCCGGCUCUCCAUCGCUAUACUCAGAAGAGAAAUAAACAGGUUUAAGAGCACUUUGAGGAGACUUUUACGGUGUAUUCGCUUAGCGCUCGAUGCUCUCUCUCUCUCUCUCCCGGUUUUAUUAAAAUUCUAUUGUGGGAAUCGCGACUCUUCGAUUUUCGACUAUUUUCAACGAUCGUGCGAGAGACGGCUACUUAUAGAGAAAAAAUUCGCCGAUUUCGCGACAAAAAUUUGCUAGGUGAAAGUCGCGCGUAAAAAUUAACUUUCUUCAGAAAAUAGUUCCCAGCAGAAGAAGAAGAAGAAAAAACGUUCGCUAGAGGAAAAAAAAUUUAAUAUACCGGACGAUCGAGUGGGGGUGAUCGCGAGAUCCGCGGUUUUAUUGACCGCGUGUAUAAAUAAGGCGUUAAUUUGCAAUUAAAAAAAAAAUUAAUCGUUCGCCGAACUAAUAAAUCCUUAAUGGAAGCUAAUUUCCAAGUGACUUUCAGCUGCUGCUGCUGCUAUGCUGGCUCGUGAAAUUAUAAUGCGACGAGUCUGUUACGAUGGAACAGCAUAGCUUAGAACUGGAGCGUCUUGCCAAAGAGAAUGAGGCUCUGCGUAGCAGACUGCGCGAUGUUGUCCACUCGCCGCUCUCGGACUCCGAAAAGCAGCAGCUCCUAGAUGCAUCACGACUGCACAAUUCGGCGCCAGCUUCCAUUGCAGUACUGCAAGAGGAUAGCUGCGCCGGAACUGGUAAUAUGACACAAGAAAAUGCUAGAAGCGCUACGCCUGAGUGGGACAAGCGAUCCUCCAGUUCAGAAGUGUCAGUUGCCUGUUUGCAGGACAGAAUUUUACAGAUGGAGGAGACACAUUACUCCACUAAUGAAGAGCUGCAAGCCACUAUACAAGAACUCAGUGACUUACAGGCGCAACUUACAGAACUGCAAGCUGAUAAUGAUAGGCUUGCAGAAGAAAAAGGAGUACUGCUAGAAUCUCUUUGUAGGCAAACAGAAAAACUGGAAGACUCUAGAUCUAAAGUUGAUACUUUGCAAGGACUGCUUCUGAGAGACGAGCAACCGCAAGAAUCGAAAGGUUACAAUACCGAGAGAGAGCAGAAACUUGUCGAUUUAUUAAAGAGCGCACAGGAAGAGCGCGAGAGCCUGCUCCAAAAGCAGGAAGAGUUGACCUCCGAGCUGAAAUCGCUUCGCGCGACGGCGGAUGCAAGCACAGCCGAGGUGGAGCGACUGACGAAACGCGUGCAAUUCCUGGAGUCGACGAUCGACACGGCCAAUGUCGACCGCAAACUCCUUGAUCUGGAGCUCACCGAGUCGAAGCAGGAAGGCGCGAACCGCAGUAUCGAAAUUAGCCGGCUGGCUACACUGCUGGAUAACGCGCGCGCCAAAAUCGAGGAGCUCGAGCAGUCCAGGCAGCUGGAAACCAAGAGCGAGGCCGACGAGAUGCUCGACGCCGCGAGGCGUGAAAAGGACACCCUCGAGACACAAGCUGCCGCGCUUCAGGAGCAGUUAGCAAGGUCACACUGCGAUCACGACCGGCUGAGGGAUCAGUACUCGCAGCUCCAGGAAGAAUUCAAGGUUGCUCGUAACAAUGCGAAAUCGGCGAUAGAAGACCUGGAGUACCGGCUAGGCCAGCUGAAGGAGGAGCGCGUCUCGGUCAACGCGGAGCUUACUUUGGUGCGUGACUCGCUCUCCGAGUUACAGUCUCAGUGUCAGCGUCACCUCGAAGACAAGCGCGAAAUGAAGGCCGUUUUAAGCGAGAUGCAACGCCGUGAGCGCGAGGCCCAGAACCGCACGUACGAGCUCGAGUGCGCCUUAGCCGAAGAGCGCAAGCUCAGGCAAGAGGAAAGCGCCGAGUGGCAGCAGUUCCAGACGGAUCUUCUCAUGACUGUACGCGUCGCUAACGACUUCAAGACCGAGGCCCAGAGCGAACUCGAAAGGGUCGUACUCGAGAAUAAGGCACAGCGCGACAAGCUCAGGGCGCUGGAGGCUCAGCUCGACAAGCUGAACAACAUGAGCGACGACGUCCAUAAACCAAGGAGUACAAUAUUAAAGCGUGGUCGUACAAUUAUUAAGAAACGUUUUGAACCAAAGAAAUCUAUAGUGAAAAGUGACUUACCAAGGACAAAGGGUAUAUUAAAAAAUCAAGUGCCUAGAAUCAAAAGUAUUCUAAAAACUCGUGUAAAUAAUGAACAAGGAAAUAGUGUUUGGUUUGAUUUGAGUGAACCUGUAGAUUUUAGCUUUAAAUCUAUCUCCAAAGAUAAAGUUGAUCCCAAGCAUAAUAUCAGUAAAGAAUCGGAGUCUAGUAAUGAUUCUAUCGACAAUAAACGUUCAAGCAUUACUUCUCAUUCAUCUAAAGAAGAACCUGUACCAAUGAUCAUCGAUUCAACUCCUAAACUCGAUAUUGAUCAGGUAGAUGCUGUAAAUAAUUCUAAUCCGAAUUCAACUUCUGAUGAAAUCUUAAAUAAACGUUCAAACUCGAGUUCACUAUCACCCAAAGAAAAACACGUACCAAAGAUUAUCGAUUCAACGCUUAAAAUUCAUAAUGGGCAAGCAGAUAAAUCAUCAGUAAAUAAUCCAUCAACCCCUAAUUCGAAAUUCCAUGUUAGCAAAGAAGAAACGUGCAAGCCUAUCAAUUCAAAUCUCAAAGAAAUUUCACAAAACGAUUUGUCAGAAAAGAUUACGGGUAUUCAAAGUGCCGGGCGAGAUGUUUACAGCAUCAAUGUGUCAAACAGUCGAUUUUUUGUGCCUAAUAAUUACGUUUACACAAACUAUGAAAACUCUAUGGACGACUUAAGUUUUAAAGUGGAUCCCGAAAUAACCAAAGCAUUGCGCAAAAGUUUAGAAGAAAAGGCUAGAAGUACAACUGAUAUCAGUGAAGCUCUGAAAAAAUCAGUGGCUAAUGAAAAUUUAUCUAAAUAUGAUAAAAAGUUAAAUAAGAGUACAGAUAUUCCAAAUGCAAAAGUAGAACCUAAAAUUGUACAAGAAGUAGGAAAGAAAAACUUUCAGAAUGAAGAUAAUCAGAAUAAAGAAUUUUGUACAGUUACAUUAAGAAAACCUUUGCAAAGUGAAGUAGUUGUAAAAGACAUACCAUUGAAAGAUAAAGUGGCUGAUAGUUCAUAUGUUAGUAAAGUCGAAUUAAGAAGACCUUUAAAAAAUGAGCCACUAACAAAAGACACAACAUCAAGUGGAAUUAAAAGACCAUUGACUGAGAACUUACAAUUGUCAAGAUCAAAUUUCCUGAGAAAUUCUAUACAUGAAACACAGUCAACAAGUUUAUCAUUUAAAAGUAGGAAUACGUUUUCACGGAAUUCGCUGGAGAUCACUCCCACUGCCGCAUCAAGAUUUCCUACGGCGCCGAAAUUGGUUUCCACGAUACGUCAAAAGUUCGAAGAUUUGCCAUCUUUGAGGCUCAAAGACGAGAACACAUUUUUGAGGCAAAAUAGCGUCAAUCGUCGACGAUACGCCGGAAAUUUUGAGGACGCCGUCAGCGUGAAACCCAAACCUCUGCCUCGACGCUUGAUCGGCACAACGCAAAAAACUAUGCCGCCAACGUCUAGGAUAGCGACGACGCCGACAGAAACGCAACAGUCCGUUAUAAACAGUGUUCAGAAUGAGAUGGCUGCACGGCGCAAAGCGAAUAUCACACGACAAGACUCGAGACUUUCCGUCAAAUGUCUUAUAGAGAGCAUCGAAAACGCAACGAAACAGGCUAAAGCUGGACCUGGAAGUCGCAGUAGCUCUACUUCAUCUCUCAACUCUAUUGGUACCAAUGAUGUGAUUUCUCUGAAAGCCCCUCUCAGAGAUCAGCAGAUCAACAAUCUUAUAUGUACGACGAAUACCACCAACAAUAACAACAAGACACAAACUGCUAAUACGAAGAAAACUUACUCAGAAACUAAGAAUACCGUCCCGAACGUGCUAAGCUCAGGCCAACUACUGGAUACGGCAGCGCUAAAUGCUAAAACCAUCGACUUCGUGAGGCGCAACAGUGUAACCGAUCUAUCGGAUCGCAAAGAUCCGCUUUGUGGCCUAGUAAAGAACGGCGGCUCUCGUCGAAACGCCCUACUGAAGUGGUGCCAAAAUAAAACAAUUGGCUACCGAAAUAUCGACAUCACAAACUUCAGCAGUUCAUGGAACGAUGGUCUGGCUUUAUGCGCGAUACUUCACACAUACCUGCCUGAUAAGAUACCCUACGACUCGCUUACGCCCACGGAGAAAAGGCGCAACUUCUCGUUAGCUUUCUCUGCUGCUGAAAGCGUCGGCAUACCGACGACUCUGAAUAUUGGCGAUAUGUGUCAGCUCGAGCGACCUGAUUGGCAGCAAGUUAUGACCUAUGUGACGAGUAUCUACAAGCACUUCGAGACCUGAUUUGAAACAUCCAAGAAUACGAAAAUUGAUUUUGCUUACGAAGCUUGCUGUUUAUCGUUACUUUACUUAUCUUUCUUUUGUUCUAACAAACUUGACAACGAGGAAAAGCAACGUCAUCUAGUCAACUAAAUACCAGAGGGAGAUAAUCUUACUUCUGAGAGAAACUAAGAGCAGUUUCCUCGAAAGUCCUCGAAAAAAGAAAGUAGUACAUAAUAAUUGUUUGCGCAGAGUAAAAUAGACACAGGGCUCGUAUAUAUUUAUAUUUUCAUCCGACGGAAAAGAAAUCUGGGAAUAUCGCCUACCGAGCCCUUUAUUUUUUAUAAUAUUUGCAUUAGCAGAAAAAAAACUUCCCUUGAUGCUUGAAGAAAUAUGUCAGUGAAUUUAGGGCGUGGCGACGUAUUAUUCCUUCAAUUAACAUUAUGAGACUGAAAAAUAUUCAUACAGUAUAUGUUUUUAUAUAUAAAUGUUGUGAAGAUUAAAAAAAGUAACUGCAAGAUGUGUGACCGAUUACAUUAAUGUAGUUAAGAGAUUAAGCAUAGUUUGCGCGUCAUCGUAUAUAUAUAUAUAUGAAUUGAAAAAAGCUCUUUCUAUAAAAUUGCUGAACAUAGCAUUAACUGCUAGCAAAUGAAUUGAUAUGAUGGUGAAUCGUGAGUUGUGUCGCAUGUUUCUCAGCAUACCAUAAGUAUUUUCUUGUAUUAUUACUUUUUUUUUUUUGAAGUGUUUUUUUCUUUUAUUUUUAAAGUUUCACUCACGCUAUAUUUGUACAGGCGAGAAAGGCGAUUGCGUGAACCUGAGAGAAUGUGUGAGAAGCGCAUUUAAUUGUAAGAAAUCCUAAUUUAUUGUAUUGAUCGUGCAGAUUAUUCUAAUAAGGAAAAGUAAGCAAUGGCUUAAGCUAAGUUCUCUGUGAUAUAGCAUUGAUAGUCCCAAAAGCAGAGAUACACGCGUUUACGAUUAUUAUUCGCAUUGAUUAAUUUUUUUCACUCACUGUACGUGCGUUUAGCAUCUCUCACUCUUGUUGCUGCUUCGCCCUGGUGGCGUAGAAAUAAAAAAAGUCCAUCAUGCUCUCCAAAAUAAACUAAAAUUUUUAACAAUUAAAUAUAUACCUCCGACUGAUUGCACGGCAAUGUACUGCUGUCAAAACGUUCCGUUUUUUGCUUUCAAAAUAUCACGCAAAUAUUUGUUUUCUUUUUAAUUAGGACACUGUCGCCUUAAGAUUUUGAAAAAGUAAUUUUGUUUUAUUGUAAAAAAAAUGUUUCUAAAAAGUAGUAACUUUUAAAUUUGAGUAUAAGAAUCGUUUGCGUAAGCACUUACUUUUUUUAGUUAUUUGGCUAAUCCCAACAAUUGUUGAGUUUAUAUUACUCCGUAUUUAAGAGAAAUUAAUUUUUUUAAAUUUUAAGGUGCUGUUUUUAUAUGCAUAUCUGUUAAUCACAGUAUGUAACUCGCAAAUAAAUUUUUAACGAUGCGAAGUUUUUUAAACAAGAAUGUUUUAUAACGUCAGAUAUUUUUUACGAAAGAUCAAUAUAACAAUUUUUACUACUUGUGACGUCUGAAAGUAUGUUUUACCAUUGGUUAUAUAUUGAUAUUAAGAAGGCGAGAGUACGCUAGAAAUGCGCUUUCAUAUAUCUGUAUUUUCAUAUAAAUAUCUACAAAGAUCUAUGUGGGAAUCGUGACUUUGACAAUGAAUUGAAGUUGUAAUAGAA